UGAUGUGUUUCUUCUGUUUUCUAUCACUACACUAUUUGCGAUCUAACGAUAAACUACCAUUCAACACAAAUAGUUCAAACAUUUCAAACGUCUGUUGCAAAAUAGAGCGUCCAAAGUUUCAACUUGGUUGACCAAAAUAGAGCUGAGGAAAAUCUAUCUGUCAUUGGUUUUGAAAAUUCAUGUUAUCAAAUGUGAUCGUUUGACAUGGCGGGUUUAGCGUCUGCUCUUGCCACUUACUGCGUUAACACAUCCUAUAAAGCAAUCUCAGAUGUCCGUGUUUCCAUUGAGAACCCUGAUUGUGGGUGUGAGCGUAAAUGUAUCCGUAAACUGGGCAAAGCGGAGUUGGGUAUGUACUACUAUUCCGAGUUCUCAGACGGAACCAUAGGCUGUGUGGUCAGACUCAGCUCACAGCAGGACUUGAAGAACAGUGCCUGGCGCACCAAGUUCGCUGAUGUCAUCCAGUCGUACCCUAUUCUGAAUAUGGGCAUUGGACCCUGUGAAACUUCUUCUGCUGCAGUUACUGAGAACAUGAAAGAUGAGACGUUGUAUUUCAAGCAACUGAGUACACCAGAAGUGUUGAAGCAGCUGAUCAGAUUCCACAGGGACAAACACUCUUUCCCCUCCAUUACAGAACUACUGCACCACUCGUUCAGCCGACAGACCAGACAGCCGAACACAGUUGCUGCCAAUAGCAACUCCAGUUCGUCCUGUCGCAGUAGUGUGUUGUGGAGAGUGCAUGUAUUACAUGAGUAUGACUCUGAUAGAAAUAUGCACUACUACACUCUGGGUAUCUGCUUCAGCCAUUGCAUAGUGGAUGGGACUUCGACUGCCAUUCUGCUGCAACAUCUUCUGGCCUCCCUUAAUGGAAACAUAUCUAGCAUCUCAUCCUCAUCAUCCAUACCACCACCUAUCGAGAAGCAAGUGGCCUUCACGUACUUGCCAUGGCCAGUUGAGCAGAUAUCAGAUGUGGCUAUAAAAGCCAUAAUCAGGACACGCCUCAAACCAUGGACAUACAUCGGGUCCAUGAGGAAAUACCUCAAAGCAUUCCCGCCUCCCAUCAUUCCCGAAGAAGGUGCUGAGGAUGAUACUCAUGAGGAGAAUGGUGCGGUGAGCAGUGGGGGCGUCUCUUCUUUUCAGACUUCCUCCCACCCAAGUUCCCAGUCCUCGGUGUGUGCUCUACCUGAGUUGGAGAAACGAGAAACAGUAGUCAAGGUACUGAAGUUGUCGCAGAAGGAGACUGCGUACUUCCUGCGAAGGUGCAAACAGCAGAGUUGUUCAGUCACUGCCGCACUUUUAACUGCAGCCAGUCUGGCCAUGUCCAGCCUCGUCCAGGGCGGCAACUUAGUCCAGAAUGUUGAAAUCCUCACCGAUGUCACAGUGGAUUUAAGGAAAUACAUGGUGAGGGAAGCCAGUAGAAAGGGGACGGGGGACAAGGAGGCGGAGGAGUUUGCGAGACAAGUGUUCUGUGCCACACCCCUCGCAACAAUCACUGUCAAGAGCAGUCUUGGCAAGAUCAAUAACAAGGCUCUUUUCAAAAAUUUCUGGUUCAAAGCUCGUCUCGCAUCUCUCAGUAUUGAAUCACGAAUGAAGUCUGGCGAAGUUUUGCGCAGUUGGAACCUCAGACAAAAACUGUUCUGCGACCGAGAUUCCGCUUCCACUCUAAUGCGAAUGGCCUUGAACGACGCCGAGGGCUUUGGGCGGUACCACCAUUUACUUCUUACCAACCUCGGUAACGUCGACAUAAGUACAUGUUCGAAUCCCAGCUCUGGCGGAGUUUGCUUAGAAGAUAUUCAGUUCGGAGUUUCCGGAACAGUGUUGGGAAACAUUUUUAUGAAUUAUGUGGCUACAAUUAAUGGCCAGUUGAUUUGGAAUAUGUGCUAUUUUGAUCACAUAACUCACCAUACGGACGCUGAGACUUUCAUUAGCUUAGUCAGAGACACAAUUGUACGGUUUGCCAUUGCUCCUUUAAAGUAACUGUAAUUCUUAUGAAUUCUUACCAAUAGCUUAUGAAAUGUAAAAAA